GACGACUUGAUAGGCGUUAAGUAAUUCCUGUCAUAUAAAGCUGCGUUCGUAGACUACAUCUACAUCUGAACAGAAAAAACUAAAAUGCCUUCGCGGAUCAAAUUAGCAUUCUUUAACGUCCACCACAUCAGUGCGGAAAUCUCCCGCUGGAUUCUGCAUUAUGCCGGGCAGCAGUUCGAUGAUUUUCGUAUUGAAUUCGCGCAAUGGCCGUCGGUAAAACCGACCACCCCCGAAGGCACCGUGCCGUACAUGGAAAUCGCUACGCACGACAAGGAUCUGAAGGUCCUGUCGCAGAGUAUGGCUAUUGCUCGCUACUUAGCCAGGAUGUUUAAGGUGGCUGGCAAAGACAGCUGGCAGGAAGGGGAAGCGGACAGCAUCGUCGAUUACAUGUGGGAUGCGGCAGCCGAGUAUGAAGCCUGGAUCGACGCUCGAAUGGCUAAGAAAACUACCCAAGCCGAUGAAAUUAAAGAAAAAUACCGCAGUGCGACAUUACCACGUUAUGUGCGUGAUUUCGAGUGGAAGCUGGCUGAUAAUCAAGGUAACGGAUACCUGGUGGGCGAUGCACCUACCUGGGCGGAUUUCGCCGUGGUCAGCUUUCUGGAUGAAAUGAUUGCGCUCUACGGCGUCAACGUGUUGGACGGAUACAGUGGCUUACUGGCGUUGGUCGAGCGGGUGCACAAUUUACAAGGCAUCAAAGAAUAUUUGGCAGCGCGCCCUGGACGUCAUGUCUGUGACCUUUAGCUUAUCGGGCGAAGUUUUGCGUGCUUGGAGCAUUUACGGCACAUUUUGUUUUAGCGAUUGUGUCCGUGACCUUUUGUUUUUACUUAGACUACGUUCCGUGCAGAAUACGCAAUAAAAAUGUUGGUUCUUAAAUGUGUUCUUUCGGGGUACUAUUUUAUCGGUAAUGAAA